CAAAAAGAGUGGUGUAUUUAUUGCCCACUUAUUCUUCAACCCACUCACUUCACUCACUCACUGCUGCUCUCCCUUCAGGAUUUUGCUUUGAUUCACUCUCUCACUUCACUUCCCUUCCCAGCCUCACUAGUCACUACUCACUAGUUUUAGUCAGAGAAACAAGGAAAACCCAUUACCAAACAAAAACAAACAAAACACUCUCUGCAGCAGAGAGCCAGAGCAGCAUUUUGAUCUUCGUGCUUCUUAUUGGCAGCAAUAGUAGUAGUAGUUGUAGGGGAGGAAAAAUUUAUUGCUUCUCUUUCUACCUUCUUCAUCUUUUCUUUAAACCCACCUUUCCCAAUUCCCUCACCAAACCCGUUACCACAGCCAAAGCUCGAGUCUUUCUACAGAGCAGAGUCUACUGUACUGAUAGGAGAAAGUAUGUUUGCAGCAGAGAACGGGCUGAAGGGAGACCCAAGGCUUGAGGCCAUCUCCCAGGCUAUUAGGGUUGUCCCUCACUUCCCCAAGAAAGGUAUAAUGUUUCAAGAUAUAACGACCCUUUUGCUGGAUCAUAAGGCGUUCCAGGAUACGGUGGAUAUCUUUGUCGAUCGUUACAGGAACAUGGACAUUUCCGUAGUCGCUGGGAUUGAAGCUAGGGGUUUCAUGUUUGGUCCCUCGAUCGCUUUAGCCAUUGGAGCGAAAUUUGUACCCUUGAGGAAGCCGAAAAAGUUGCCCGGUAAGGCGUAGUAUGUUGAAUAGGGGCAAUGCAACAAUGUUUGUUUCCAAAAUUGUGGCUAGUUUUGAAAGUAUUGGCUCUUGGGGGUCUUAAGUUUAUGUCAAGGGUUGAAUCCCAUCUCUAGGGGGUGUUUGAACUCGGACUAAAUACCAUGCAGGUAAAGUGAUAUGCGAAGAAUAUGAGCUGGAGUAUGGAACAGACUGCUUAGAGAUGCAGGUAGAUGCUGUGCAGCCAGGGGAUCGUGCGUUGAUAGUCGAUGAUCUGGUCGCUACAGGUGGAACACUGUCAGCAGCGAUAAGGCUCUUGGAACGCAUGGGGGCGCAAGUUGUAGAAUGUGGAUGUGUGGUUGGUUUGCCUGAAGUCAAGGGGCAGUGUAGGCUGAAUGGAAAACCAGUGUAUAUCCUCGUGGAGCCUCGAGAAAUAGACAAUUGCCGCCAUGGUUUGUAUGCAUGCAAGUUCUCCCUCAUGCCUUUCGUGUUGCGGUUUAACUAAUUCAAACUGCACUUCUUUUGCCAGCAGAUAUCUCCUCUGAGUUUCUGAAUGUGCAAUGCUCUGGCUGACUUGGGGGAGAACCAAGGGAUGAAGUUUGAGCAACUGCAGAACAAAUGUCUGCGCGGUUUUCUCCACUCUCGUAUGCGCGCCUUCUGUUCAAGUUUGGGGCAGCCGAAUGUUCCACGGUAGCUUUGUGUAGUAGCAGUAGUAGUCUUCUCUUUCUUGUGGCGGUUUUUACUUUAUGCAUUGAUAGUUGUCUUUAGGGCCUGUGUUGUAACUUAAGAGAAUGAGCAAUUUAGAAAGAAGACUUUGGCAUAGAUCAAUGAUGUAUCAUUCAAUUCAUUUGUGGUUUUAGUCUGAAUCUCAUCUCUUUCCCCACAUGAAAGGGUUUCUGUACGAAUUUGGCUAUGGUGUUGAUGCAAAUCUGAUCAGUGCGUCGUGCCGUGCGUACUUAUAUCGUCAGGUUGCUCCCCUGCUCUAUCUGUGCUGAUGCAAUGAAAUGCACUGAACGCCCAGCAACAGCACUGCAUCGCAACUGCAUUUUGGAUUUUACAAUGAGAAAGAUUCGAUUCCAUCUGGGCAGAUUUGUUC